AGCGGCGGUUGGAGUGACGGGGACACCGGGAGGCGACCAUGACCCAGCAAGGCGCGGCGCUGCAGAACUACAACAACGAGCUGGUCAAGUGCAUUGAAGAGCUGUGUCAGAAGCGGGAGGAGCUGUGCCAGCAGAUCAAGCAGGAGGAAGAGGAGAAGCAGCGGCUGCAGAACGAGGUGCGGCAGCUCACUGAGAAGCUGGCCCGCGUCAAUGAGAACCUGGCCCGCAAGAUCGCCUCCCGGAACGAGUUCGAUCGGACCAUCGCAGAGACCGAGGCCGCCUACCUUAAGGUGGGGCUCAGGGCAGCUCAAGCAGCCUGGGUCCAGAUCCUGGAGAGCUCCCAGACUCUGCUUAGUGUCCUGAAGAGGGAAGCAGGGAACCUGACCAAGGCCACGGCCUCAGAGCAGAAGAGCAGUGUGGGCAAGGACAGCUGACAGGGCCCCAGGUGGGGAGAGGCCUGUCUCCACUGCCUCCUCUCAUGCAUGGUCCCCAGCGAGUCAGUCUUCACAGCAGCAGCUGCCAACCUCCACUGGCCCUGGGUGAUGAGCCCCAGCGCAGCCCACCAGGUGGGAGGGGCCCUGGCCAUGUGCUCAGGCAGAGGAUGGGGAGGGUGGGCCCUAGCUGUGCUCUGCUUGGGGCCGUUAGCCCCCACCCCCUCACUGGGCCACGGGGAGGUGCUGCUUCUCGUCUCCCAGCGUUGUGGGAGUGCACUUGUGCCCCUCUGCCAGCACGUGCCCGGGCCAGGCACUUGGGCAGGGGCGGGAGGCCUCCUUCCUCCCCGAGCUCGCCCUAACAGCCGUGACUGUUAAUAAAGGUUGUCUUUUAAAGAUUCA